CUAUAGAGAGGGGGGGGGGGGUGGAAUCUAGAUCUAAUAAUAAUGUGUGCAUUAGAAAUUGCACAUGGCGUUGAUGAUAGACACAAUUUAUGUGCUGGAAAUGACCGCAUUUGUCAGGCCUCGGAGCUGAGACAUCAAGAUAGAGCGACUGAGGCCAAGACAUCAGGCUUCGAGGAUGCAAAUUCUGGUCCCGAGGCCAGCCUCGGUAUACAACACUGAAUAUAGAAUCAACAUGCACUCUAUACCCUACAAGAUUGAUAACAAAGACAUAUAUGUGUUUCAACAAGAAAUUGGUCAAUGUAUAUCUGAAUGGGGUAUUGUACAGUACGAUUGAUCAACCAAUGAUACGAGUUGUUUUCUGAUAUUUAAAUCCAUGUUCCUCUUUGACCAAUGUUCUCAAAUAAAAACCUUGCUUUGAGCAUAACAUCCUCAAGGUGGUCUGAAAUUCUAUUAGAAGGUACAUGUACUCUUCUGUGGAAUUUCAUUUUAUGCUUUGACUGCUAUAUCUACAAGUUUUAUUAUCAAUAUACUAGUGUUCUGAAGUUGAUGUGUUUAUAAUCAAAUGUUUUCAUGUUUAUUCUACUUAAAACAUAAUAGAUGGAGACCAGCAGCGUGGCAGCAGGAGCAAAUUUUGGCCGUGAUGAGGCGUAUACCACCAUCAACAAUGCUGCAAUUGCAGUCACUACCACCACUGCUGCCACCACUAUCAGUGCUGCUGAUGCCACCACCACCAAGUCUGCUUCUGCCACUGCCAUCACCAUUGCCACCGCCACUACCAAGACCACUCCUGACACAAAGCCCCCAAGUCCUCAACUGACCAGAUAUUGCAGCUGGAGAAGGAUAGACCAGGAACUUCAAAGCCAGGGCUUGUUGGUCUCCUACAAUAAGAAAAAUGCCAAGGGCCCAUCUAAUGAACUUGUAGAAUAUUUGGCCACAGUUGUAGAAAUGCAGAGACUAACAUACUGCCACAGGUGAGGCUUUGUCCGCAGUUCCGGAAAGACAAGCCAUGCCAAAAUCAACGACUGAAGGGUUUGGAGCGCCAGACAAAGAGCCUAGAAAUGUGAUUUAACCGUACUUCAAUCACAUGAACAGUAGCAGGAGCAAAAACAGCAGCAAACACACAGGAGAUGUAACGACUACAUUGACCAAUACCAACAACUACAGCAGCAUCAACAAUAUCUGCAAAAACCACACUGGCAACCUCAACAACAUCAAGAUGUUCAACAACCACUCCGGGAAUUCAACAAACACAUCAGCAGAAA